AUGACUGGUGCUUCGCGUACUUACAGCAAGACCUCCAAGGUCCCUAAGCGCCCCUACGAGUCUGCUCGUUUGGACCAAGAAUUGAAGCUCGUUGGCGAGUAUGGUCUCAAGAACAAGCGUGAAGUCUGGCGUGUCGGUUUGACCUUGUCCAAGAUUCGUCGUGCUGCUCGUGAUUUGCUUACCUUGGACGAGAAGGACCCCCGUCGUCUCUUCGAGGGCAAUGCUUUGAUUCGUCGUUUGGUCCGCAUUGGUGUCUUGGACGAGAGCCGCAUGAAGCUCGAUUACGUCUUGGGUCUCAAGAUUGAGGACUUUUUGGAGCGUCGUCUUCAAACUCAAGUCUUCAAGCUCGGUCUUGCCAAGUCUAUCCAUCACGCUCGUGUCCUCAUUCGUCAACGUCACAUCCGUGUUGGUAAGCAAGUUGUCAACGUGCCUUCCUUCAUUGUCCGUUUGGACUCGCAAAAGCACAUUGACUUUGCCUUGACCUCUCCUUAUGGUGGUGGCCGUGCUGGUCGUGUCAAGAGAAAGAGAGCCAAGGCUGCUGAGGGUGGUGAUGAUGAGGAGGAUGAAGAGUAA